AUGUUACUCAACUUACAAAUCAGUCGUCUGCUAUCUGGCACAUUCUUUACAGACAAAGAGUUGAGAGUAAUCAGCAGUCAUAUUACAGAGGCAAUCAAAAUGGCACAACUAGCUAAACACAGCAAACAGAAACCUAUAGGAGCUGUAAUAGUGGACCCGUUAACAGACAUGGUGAUAGCAAAGGCUUAUGACAUACGAGAAGGUUCUCAUCCUCUUCAUCAUGCAACAAUGGUGUGUAUAGACUUGGUAGCUAAAUCACAGGGUGGAGGAAUGUGGAAAUAUCCACAAGAGACUGACUUGUAUUCUGCUGAGCCAGAUGUAAAAGAAAGUAAAACAGGACCAUAUUUAUGUACAGGAUAUCAUAUGUAUGUAACACAGGAUCCUUGUGUCAUAAGUAAAGGUGAGAGACAGAAGUAUGACAUUUACAAUGACCAGUCACAAUAG